UCAAAAACAACCGGCAUGCCUUGCGAAACAGCUGUAAAAAACCAGCAUGCACCGCGUUUGAGCGGAAGUUACUACGAGGGGAUAUCUACGAUGAGAGACAGGAACAUGGCCACUUCCGUGCUGCAAGACAACUUGUAUUGGGAGCUAAAAAUCGAGGUUUUGCAGGAACUUCGAGAUGACUUAGUAAAGAACUUGUACCCUGAUAAGUUCUUUGCAUAUCUGCGUGCCAAACGAGUGUUGGAUAAAGAUGAUUGUGAGGAUAUUGGAGCAGAAAGGACAAGGCGAAAGCAAGCUGAAAAAUUCCUUGAUAUUUUGGAAAGCAAAGGACCGGAUGCUUUUAUGGAGUUUUGUGAAUUUCUCAGGCAGAACAAGACUCAGCUGUUUCUCUUGAGAAAAAUAGUUGAAAGGUUUAAUGAGAAAAGAGAAUUGUUGGAUCAGAUGCCAUUCCCAACAGAACUACCAGCAACCACACCAGUAUCAUCAAGACCCCACAAGUCCAAACCAGAUUCCCCAUCAUCAUCAUCACUAUGGGAACACAAUACUGUUACAGGCGCUCGAAUGACCACCUAUCUCCCAGCCCCGGGCGACCCAGGGGCUCCCGAACCACCAGAACCAGAUAACCCACCUGCAUCACCACCAAUGGCUUCUUUAUCCCAAGACAGACACUCAGCAAGUGGAAAUGCUGUUACUCAUCCUACCUCUCAAGAAAAUUCCUACACUGGUCCGCCCCCGCCCCCUUACACCUCAUUACCACCAGAUGAUCCCCCGCCGCCCUAUGAUGAACCCAGAUGAAUUAGAAAUAGGAGGUUAGAUGUACAAUACCAUGGGUUGUGAGAGAAUUGCAGAGUAGUCAUCGAUCAAUAAGUUCAAAUUGGCAUCCUUUGCUCUGGUAAUAGGUCACUAGAUCCAUCUAGAAACGUUUUCUAUCCAAAUGCAAAUUAACCAUCUUCCUACUACUAACAAAGGGGUCAACCCGGGGCAUAAUCAUCUUUUCACAUGUGCAUGGUUGACCUCCGGACCUCCCCUUUGGACAUGCACCUGAAUACACUGCCUUGCAAACGAUUUACAACAAUUUUUUAUUAUUUCUUCAACUAGUGAAUUUAUAAAAGUUAUUAAAGUUUUUCAUUACAGUACAACUAUUCACAUUGACUUACCUUGCAAAGAUUCAAUGUGGAUCAUAAAUUAACACUGUGUUUGAAACCUCAGUCUUGCAAAAAAUACUCAUUAGGGAGUGCUAAUUAAAGACGCUAAGUUUGAGGUAGGGAAGAUAUUUGGGAGGAGCUCCAAAAAAGGGCCCUCAAAGGGGGGCCAUUCAUUUUUUUAUUAGUCCUACUAAAAUACUAAAUCCUGGGGGUUGACAAAGGGAGGGUUCAUGAAGUGUCCUUUGUCAAAAUCUUCCUCCCCACUUUUUUUCAUGGUGUUUAAGGAGCAUUUGUUUUACUGCAGUGGGAAGGCUUAUUCACUAUAGUUUAAGAUGUAAAUAAUAUUUAUCACAAUAUUUGUUAUAAAAACUAUGUAAAGUGAGACUGACUAAGGGACACUGAGUAACGACAACAACUCUUACGACAAUGAUAACGAAAAAAAAAACAAGUCUUCACUCUUGGCCUUCAAUUCCAAAUUAUUUGCAAUGGAAUAAGUAUGACAUUUAGUGUCAGGAGCAGAUAAAAUGACAACUCCUAGGACAAUGAUAACGAAAAAAAAAACAAGUCUUCACUCUUGGCGUUCAAUUCCAAAUUAUUUGCAAUCGAAUAAGCAUGACAUUUAGUGCCAGGAGCAGAUAAAAUAAACUAAAGACAAAGCUAACGUAGUUAGGAGUUUACAGGGCAACCGUCCAUAUCCUCAAAAAGAUUGUGAAACAUGGAAUUUGUACGUUAUGUUUGAACGGCUGAAUUGAAUUAUACAGAACUCAUAUUUACGUGCUGCUAAUGAAUUUUCAAUCCUAUUCCACUGUAUUCUCUCGUCGUCGUUCACAUUGCCGUCGUCAUUGCUUUUAAGCAACCUUAAAAGGUUCCUCCUAGUUUUUAUUAAAAAAAACAUUUCGGUUCAUGGAUAUUAAACUGUGUUUCAAUAUAAUUCCUUCUUAUCCAACUACUAGUAUCAUCGAGGUACACUACUUGGCGCGAAAGUGUUGAUAUGUAUUUGCAGGUUUUUUUUUUUUCAAAUUUAUUAAAAGUGUAUCCAAUCAAA